GGCGUGGGCACACUGUUGUUAUUAACAUUUUUUAGCAAAACUGCAAAUAACUUCUGAUAAAAUAAAAGUCCAAAAUAACGCUUGACCCACAUGUGCUGCGCCUGCAUGAUGAGCACUCCGUUUUGAGAUCACAAAGCAGUGAAGCCAGGUGGUGAUCCUGACUCGAAACAAGUAGCUUCCCCAAAACUUACCCCAGAAACCUGUGGAAUUUGCCUAACUAUUUUGUUAAUACUAUUUUAAAAGGUUACACAAUGGAAGUGGCUAUGUGCUAUGAUACUAAUAGGUCUAACCCCCUCCAGAUGUCUGAUUCCCUGAUUAUUUGCGUUUGCGACUACUGGCAGCGGCGUCAUUUCCACAACCGGCCGAGCCGGGAGGCCGGCGACUCCUGUCGGGAGAGGAAACCCCUGAGGAGGCUGAGCAUCCAGGUGGACGCCAUAACGGGCAACUACUACCUGCGCGAGUUCCUCCAGCAGAGGGAGCUGGCCAAGGGCCUCAGGAGCAAGCACGGCGUCCAGUUGGUGUGGCUCUCCUUCGAGCCGCCGGAAAGGGAUACGAUCGACUACAGGUUCGCGGACAUCCUGGCACACACGCUGUGGGAGCACAUCGAGGUGGAGCACCUCAUGUCCUGGCUGUCCACGCUGGGCGGCGGCUUUUCCGCCCUCGGCGAGCAGUUCGAGCGAUGCGCAGAGACGGCCGGCAAGAUCUCGCUGCAGCAGCUGAAGAUUGGCCUGCGACUCGGGGACCCCUUCCUGCAGGCGCGCUGCAAGCUGUACUUCAGCAUCUCCCUGAUCCAGCGCGGCCAGCUCCGAGCGGCGAAGCACCUGAUCCGGGAGCAGUACGCCUUCGCGAGGAGAAACGUCGAAAAGGAUGUGCGCCUGGUGCGAAUGUGCCUGGGCAUUUGGCAUCGACUGAGCUACGAGUACGAGCAGCGGCGGAUGCGGCGAGUGGGAAACUAAGACCCGAUUGUGCCCUUCAAGCGAUGUACAUAUUGGGAAGAGAGUGGCCCGGUGGUUCCUUUGAUUAAACAAGUUGUAGGUAAAAAUUGUUUUCAAUAUAUUUAUUAAAUAUGUAAUUGUAUAUACGUAAAAAAUGCAUUUACAUUCAUUUAUUUCUCGUUUGUAUUGUAUAUAUUUUCAACUGCCCGCUGCAAAAUCAAAGAUAAACGUAAUUUGGGAGCUAA